UCAGUAAGUACCCUUCUCUGAACUCCCAAACAACAAAAUAAGCAAACAUGGAGAAUCUCCAUGAUCCAAGACCUCACUUCGUUCUGGUCCCUCUGGUGGCCCAAGGCCACAUGAUCCCCCUGCUUGACCUGGCCCGUCUCCUGGCCGAGCGCGGCGCUCGUGUCAGCUUCAUCACCACUCCCGUCAACGCCGAUCGAAUCAGGAACAUCAUCGACCGCGUGAUGGAGGAAUCCCGCCUUCCAAUCCAAUUCGUCGAGCUUCCCAUUCCAUCCGCAGAAGCUGGCCUGCCCGAUGGGUGCGAGAAUUUCGACCUUCUCCCUUCCGAAGACUACGUCGCCGCCAUGUUUGCAGCCCCUAAGCUGCUCCGAGGCCCCCUCGAGCUCUACCUCCAAGCCCAAAAGCCUGGCCCAACCUGCAUGAUCGCCGACUUCUGCAACCCAUGGACCAUGGAGGUCGCCAGCAAGCUGGGGAUACCGCGAGUCAUCUUCCAUGGGCCCUCUUGCUUCUACCUUCUAUCCGCAUAUAACAUUGCUCUGCACAAAAUCUACGAGCACAUCACCGAUGAGUUCGAGCCCUUCCUGGUCCCCGAUUUGCCUCACCAGGUUGAGAUAAACCUGGCACAGGCUUUUGGAUGGGCCCUCAGGCCCGAGUCGCAGAAAUUUAACAACGAAAUGUUAGAGGCGGCGUCAACAGCGGAUGGCAUUGUGAUAAAUAGUUUCGAUGAUUUGGAGCCUUGGUUUAUUGAGAGCUAUAAGAAGGCCAAGGGGAAGAACGUUUGGACGAUUGGUCCGCUGUGUCUCUACAACAAGGAUUUUGGCAACAAGGCCAUGAGAGGGAACAAAGCAUCCAUCGAUGAGGAUGUUGUGAUGAAAUGGCUCGACUCCAUGGAGCCAGGGUCUGUUAUCUAUGUUGGUUUCGGAAGCUUAGCACGCGCGCGGCCUCUACAACUUAUCGAGAUAGGGUGCGGUUUGGAGGCGUCAAACCGGCCAUUCGUCUGGGUGAUCAAGGAGGUGGAGAUGAGCCCCGAGGUAGAGAAAUGGAUGUCGGAGGGAUUCGAGGAGAGGACAAGCUCGCGAGGGCUUAUAAUUAGGGGGUGGGCGCCGCAGAUGGUGAUAUUAUCUCACUCCGCGAUCGGAGGAUUCUUGACGCAUUGCGGGUGGAAUUCGGCACUGGAGGCGAUUGCAGCAGGAGUGCCGUUGAUAACGUGGCCUCAAUUUGCCGAUCAAUUCUUGAACGAGAAGUUACUCGUGGAUGUUCUGGGAAUCGGCGUGCCGGUUGGAGUGAAGGUGCCGGUCACUCAUUUAAGUGAGGAUAGUGAUCCAGUGAUGGUGAGGAGGGAUGACAUAGUGAAUGCAGUGUCGAGAUUGAUGGAUGGAGAGGAAGGGGAGCAGAGAAAAAUGAAGGUCAUGGAGCUGCAACAGAAAGCUGCAAAGGCAAUGGAGGAAGGUGGAUCAACCUACGAGAACAUGGCAAACUUGAUCCGGUACUGCCGGGAGCAUGGAAGCAAGGGAAUAUAGAUUGGUUUUGUUUCAUGUAUGCAAAUUUUGAGUAAUGCCUCGUUUGGAAUAGCUUAGACGUACCCCGCAUGUACUUGUCUGUCGUGUGUUUGAAAGAAUUUUAUUUGAAAUUAUCCAGCUAUGGUUGUGGCUUUAAUAAGUACAAAAUAGUCAUUAAAA